CUUGUGCUUGUCGUUCAGUUUUGCACAGCUUCCAGCUGAAUUGUUUUGGUUUCCCUCCACACAGUUGUUGUCUUUUCUACACGUCACACAAAAUAACAUUUUAUUUGUUCAGUGCAAAUCUCUGUGAUCUAUUUUUCUGUCCAAACAACAUGAACAUGUUACAUGCUCUGCUUGAUGUGAGCCUGUUUUCACUUUAAGGCAAAUGUGUCCAUCUUAAUCCUAAAAUUUAGGAAAAGCUGAGCAGCUCUGGAGACUAAAUCUUUGGUGUAAGUGGUUUAUGAGUUGUAUAUAAAGAGGCUGAAGUAGUAAGCUGUGGUACAAAGCUCACAGUCACCAUGGGGAAACAUUUCCACUUGUAUGAGAACAUUUCUAAAGUGAGUCCCUUUGAGGGGCCCCAGUAUUACCUGGCCCCUCAGUGGGCCUUUCACCUUCAGACCAUCUUCAUGGGCUUCGUCCUGUUCGCUGGAACACCUUUAAACUUUAUUGUUCUCCUUGUGACGCUCAAGUACAAGAAGCUCAGAGUCCCUCUGAACUACAUACUGGUCAACAUCUCCGUCGCAGGAUUCAUCUUUGUCACCUUCUCCGUCAGUCAGGUGUUCGUCUCCACAAUGAAGGGUUACUAUUUCCUGGGACACACCAUGUGUGCCCUGGAGUCGGCCAUGGGAUCUACAGCAGGAUUGGUGACAUCCUGGUCUUUGGCUGUCUUAUCCUUUGAAAGAUACCUGGUCAUCUGUAAACCGUUUGGAGCCUUUAAGUUUGGCAGUAACCACGCUCUGGCUGCUGUUGCCUUCACCUGGUUCAUGGGGAUCAGCUGUGCCAUCCCACCUUUCUUUGGUUGGAGCAGGUACAUCCCUGAGGGUUUGGGUUGCUCCUGUGGACCUGACUGGUACACUCACAACGAGGAAUUUAACUGCAGCAGCUACACAAAUUUCCUGAUGGUGACCUGCUUCAUCGCUCCACUUAGCAUCAUAAUUUUCUCCUACUCGCAGCUACUGGGUGCUCUGAGGGCUGUAGCAGCCCAGCAGACAGAGUCAGUCUCCACCCAGAAGGCAGAGAAGGAAGUAUCAAGAAUGAUCGUCGUAAUGGUGGGAUCCUUCAUCAUCUGUUAUGGUCCGUAUGCUCUUGCAGCUCUUUAUUUUGCCUACUCAGCAGAUGAAAACAAAGAUUAUCGACUUGUCACCAUCCCAGCAUUUUUCUCCAAGAGCUCGUGUGUCUACAACCCCCUCAUCUAUGCCUUUAUGAACAAACAGUUUAACACCUGCAUCAUGGAGACAGUCUUUGGAAAGAAAAUGGACGAAUCAUCUGAAGCUUCCUCCAAGACAGAGGUGUCCUCAGUGUCCAAAUAAAGCUCAAGUUUAAUCAGA